AGCAUCGACCACAUUUAGCACUUCUACCAGAAUGACAAUCUCGCUGAUCCUCGCAGCACUUUUCGCCUACCUCUGUGUGAGGCCCAUACUCUCCUACCUCUACGAUGCCAAAGGUCUUCGCAGAUACCCCAACGUAAACUUCCUAGCCGGAUUCACCAGCCUCGCCUAUGUCUGGGAGCGCAGGCGCAGCUUCCGAACCCGACACCUCUAUCUCCACCACCAACGCCACCCCAUCCUCCGUCUCGGACCCAACACCCUUUCCUUCGCCGAUCCGGGCGCGAUCAAAGAUAUCUAUGGCCACGGCACCCCUUGUCGGAAAGACGACAUUUAUACGUUGACAGUAGGCAGCCAUGCCCACAUUCUCAACGUGCUGGAUCGAGAUGAUCACGCACGCAAGCGCCGCAUGUUGUCGCACGCCUUUGCGACUCGCAAUCUCGAGCACUGGGAGUUCAAGAUCAGCGACAAGAUCAACAAACUCAUCGCCCAGCUAGACCGGCGAUGCACAUUGCCCUUGUCUGUUGGCAAGCAGGUCAGAGCUUCCGAUCUAACCGUCAAUUUUCGCUUGUGGUCAAAUCUGUUCACCAUUGAUGCUCUUGCCGAUAUUGCUUUGAGCGAACAGCUCGGGAUGCUAGAUUCGGGUACGGAUACAAUCCAGGUUGAUGGUCGCGAUGGCAAUCUCAGCUAUAUUGACAGCUUGCGUGGUGGGAAUAAUGUAUUAUCGCACUUUGUCGGUGCGACGGAGUGGUUCUCGCUUUUCAAGACCGUCUCGGGGUUCUUUUCUCCGCGUUCGCGCAAACAAUGGGAACAUGGUAGGAAUUUUGGUAGGAUUGCUAGUGCCUUGGCAGACAAAAGGCUACAAAGGCACGACCGUGGCGACCGGCUGAGUGAUCUUUUUGCGUGUUUGAUUGAGGACAAGGCGGGGGAAGCCCGCUGCCUUGAUCGUGGAGAGAUUGAAGCCGAGACGAACCUUCUUCUUGAUGCCGGCUCCGAUACGACAGCAAUAGCUUUGACUCACGCCCUAUACCACCUUCUCAAGAACCCGCAUUGCUUGGCCAAGCUCAGGGCAGAGGUGAACGAAGCGCUGUCCGGAGACACCAUCGCCUCAUAUGCCAAGGUGAAACACCUGCCAUAUUUGAAAGCAUGUCUAGAGGAAUCACUGCGCCUCUUACCCCCCGUGUCAAGAGGCCUCGAACGAAGAACUCCCCCGGAGGGUAUGCAGAUCCUGGGGCAAAUGAUUCCCGGUGAUGUUGCAGUGUCCGUUCCAACAUAUAUUGUCCAUCGGGAUCCAUCCCUCUUCCCAGACCCCAACGUAUACCGUCCCGAAAGAUGGCUGGAGAACGGUGAACAGGCAAAGCAAAUGCGGGAGGCGUUCAUACCCUUUAGUUCGGGCGCCCGCGGAUGCAUUGGAAGAAAUAUUACAAUGAUGGAGCAGCAGAUUUUCAUCGCCACGUUGGUGCAUCGAUAUAAUUUCGCAUUACCGUCACCGGAUUGGACGCUCGACUGGCAGGAAGCAUUUCUUCUGUGGCCUAGUCAAAUGCCACUGAAGAUCUGGAGCAUCGAUGAUUGAGAGCCCAGGGAGAGGUUGGAACAUAUAGAUUUGAU